AUGAGUAACUACGACAAUCCACAGCCAAAAGGAAUUCCCAAUGAAAUUGGAAAAGGAUGUUGGUUUGCUGCAAUGUCGCAAGUACUUUUCAGGCAGAAAGAAGUGCGAUGUGCAAUUCGUGAUUUUCCAGUUCCAGAACUAACUGAUGAUAGCGAAUACAAUGAAUACAUCAAUAAUUUAUUGCUUUUAAAGAAAUAUUUUGAGCAAAUUGCUACGCCAAAUGUUCAAAUUUCUAAUCAAGAAUUGAUAUAUUCAUUAAGAUAUGGAACAAAUAAGCUAUUUUCACCAGCCGAAACUGGAAAAGAAUCUUCUGCGUUAUUAACAUCGCUCGUACAGCUGUUUAAUACACUCAAAGGUUCAAAAAAUACAAGUUUAAUUACAUUAGACACUCCGUUUAAAGAUUUCGAACAAGUUUAUAAUUCUCCAUCAACUGGAAAAAGCGGAAUUAAAUAUUCAUCUCAUUGUUACCUUGAAGAAGGCGAAAACAUCAGAUCUGCCUUCAUUCGUUCGAUUAGCGAUAUUUUAUAUCUUCCAAAACUACUAUUCCUUGAAUGUAAUGAUCGAAAUGAGGCUUUUAUGCCUAUUAUUCCUGAAAUGGAACUUCCAGAACCAAUCGAAUACAGAAUGAAAGGGAAAGAUGAAAGAAAAUGUGUUUCCAAGGUUCACUACAAGCUUGUUGCACUUGUAGUUUAUCUUGGAAGCGAUGGAAGUCAUGCUAAUGCAUUAAUACUCGACGAACCAUCAAAUUCCUGGUAUUUCUAUGAUGAUUCUACUGUAACUAAGCAGCCUAAUUUCCCUAAUGAUCCAUCUCCUCUUGGAAGGUCACAUUGGGCCAAAAUGUACUUGUAUCGUAGACAAUAA